GUCGUCGGUUUGCGCCCUUCAUCAUUGUCCGUCUUUUCAUCUUUCAAGGGUUUCAGGUUUCUUUCUAAUUUUCAUUCCUGUCGAAACGCUAAAGUUUCGAUCUUUCAUCAAAUAUUUCAACCCUUUUUCCGCAAACUCUUCCAGAUGGAGUUUGGGACUUUACCAGCGAUAGUUUGAAUUAAAGCUGCUGGUUUACCGUUUUCAAAAUAUGGCUGCUUCUAUGUAUUAUUGUAAUAAACGAUGGUGAGGGAAGUCAAUUGUUAAUCGAGAUCCUAUUUCAUUAAUGUACAUUUAAUUGGAUAGCAUAAUUGAUUAUGUAAUUCAAGCUAAUCCAAAAUUCUACAUUGAUGUGAUCAUUGAAUUUUAUUUUUUUUGCUGUCUUUCAAAAAGCUUUUUAUGUUGGUUUCAGGUGUGAUGGUUUAAUAAAGCUGAUUGAUGGCAUAUGAUUUUUGAACUUGCACAUCUUUGUUGUUACCAAGUAAGUUUGUGUCAUAGUUCCAUGCUUUCAAGUGUCAAGACGUAAUGGGUACUGGGUAGUGGGUUUAACUGAUUGAAGAUUGAUGCAAACAUAGUGGAUAACCAACUAGCUUAGAGUUUUGAUCAGCAAUCAUUUAACAAGAACAGUUUUCCUCUCUAGUCUCUUCUGUGUAUAGUAUGUACUGCAUUUAUUCAGUGCGUGUUCUCCCUGAAAUGACAUCCAUCAUCAGUACUUGUCUGAAUGUAGUAGAAGCAUGCUAUUUUUAGAUACCAUGAACCAGCUGAGUCUUGUUUCAUUUGAAGCAGUAGUAUUAAAAGUUGUUUUAAUAUAACUGAGCCAAUCUCUUGGACAGAAGUUAUCAUUUGUCCAUGGAUUAUUAAGCACAUUGGUUUAUUAGAAGAUGUAGCUUCAUUGUAGCCCAUUUUUGUUCAUGUCCGAUCCAUUGUGGAUUGCUAGAUCAUAUUACCUGUAACUCACACGUGAUCCUGUAAUGAAGGUUCAGUGCAUCAGAUAUUUUCUAAACUACCACACCAACUUAUUAUGUAUGGCCCUUUAAGAUCUACGUGUUUAAAUAUCUUCUCAUGUAUUUGUGGUUCGCCUCUUCAGGCGUGUAUUUUUGUUGAUUGUUGCACACUUGCUGCAAGAAAACAUGCCUUCUGAAACUGAUAAAUGGGGCUGGAAACAUGUUAGUGUAUUCGGUGGAUUUGAUAAAGGUAGUGGUACAAAAAGGUGGAAAUGCAACCAUUGUAAUUCAAGAUACAAUGGCUCCUAUUCACGAGUGAGGGCCCAUCUUCUUGGAUAUUCUGGUGUUGGCGUGAAAAGUUGCCCAGCAAUAGACAAGUCUAUAAGAGACGAGUUUCGUAUAUUGGAAGAGGAAUACCUUCAGAAGAAGAAAAAAAAGAAUCCUUUUAGUUCAAAGGUUGUUAAGCGCAUCAAGAAUUGCCAGUUGAACUUCACUGGCCCUAUUAGAGGUCUUGCUAAAGAAGAUGUAGAUGAGACUGUAGCCAGAUUUUUUUAUGCUGAUGGAUUGAACAUGAAUACAGUUAACUCCCCAUAUUUUAGGGAAAUGAUCAGAGCAAUAGCAGACUUCGGCCCUGGAUAUGAACCUCCCUCAAGGGAUAUGUUGUCCGAAACUUUUCUCAGCAAAGAAAAGGCAAAGCUCGACAAAGCCAUAACCUUAGUUCGGGAGUCCUGGCCACACACAGGAUGCACUAUUAUUUGUGUCAAUCGUGUAGAUGGAUCACUUGGAUGCUUUUGUAUAAAUUUAUUCGUCUCAAGCCCAAGAGGAGUUAUGUUUUUAAAAUCGAUUGAUAUAAAUGAAGGGGAUGAAGCUGACAAUUUAUUUAUUGAUGUGCUUAGUGAUGCCAUAGUAGAAAUUGGACCCAGAAAUGUACUACAAAUAAUAACCCAUCUUGGACAGGCAAGCACUGCUUUUGAAACUGUUAUCUUAGAAAAAUUUCCUCAUAUAUUCUGGUCCCCUUGCACUUCUCAUUCGAUCAAUCUGCUGAUGGAAGAGAUUGCUGAAUUAGACUGGAUGAAAGCUGUUGUGUUGUGUGCCAGGGGAAUUGAGCAAGUCAUUUCAUCUUUCCAACGUUAUUCUUCUUGCUUCAAAUACAAUUUGAUGGAGAUUUCUGAUACCAAUUCGCUGAAGUUUGCACCUUCAUUUUGUUUAGUCCAUAGAAUUUGUCAGAUGAAACAAGAUUUACAGGAUUUAUUCAUGAGCAAUCAAUGGAAUCAGUGGAAGCUUACUGCUCUUUGUGAUGUUGUCAACAUAGAAGCUACUGUGUUGGGGGAUGAGUUCUGGUCUAGGGCCCAAUUGAUGUUGCAGCUGUGUGAUCCUUUUGUUAAACUACUUGCAACAUUCAACAUUGACAAAUCUGUCAUGGGUGAUGUUUACGAUUGGCGGGUUCAGUCACUUGAAGCCGUGAGGAGUAGGGGCAUUGAUGAUAUUACAUUUAGUCAAAUGGAGUUGCUGAUAGAGAGUAGAUGGGAUAUGUUUUUUUCCCCACUUCAUGCAGCUGGCUAUUUGCUAAACCCUAGAUAUUUUGGCAGAGGUCAGAACAAGGACAAAACUGUAAUGCGGGGAUGGAACGUCACAUUAGACAGAUAUCAGCAGGAGAGUAGUGCAAGGUGUUUACUUAGAGAACAACUUAGUGUUUACUGGAGAUCGGUAGGAUCCUUCGGAGAGGAAGAUGCAGUAGAAUGUAGAGACAAGAUGGACCCAGUUGCUUGGUGGGAAAAUUUUGGUUUUGAGACGCCUGAGUUGCAGACUUUAGCCAUAAAGGUCCUGAGCCAGGUUUCAAGCGUAUCAUUGUGUAGAGACAGCAACCCAUGUGACAGUCUUCCUUGUCGGGAAACUGUAAAGAGGAUGGGAGUAGAAAGAGUGGAGGAUCUUGCAUUUGUGAGAAAUAAUCUUAGCUUUUUGAGCUUAAAGAACGGAAAUAUAAACUAUGUAUCUGUUCCAAGAGGUGUAAAUACGUGCUGUACAACCGGAUGUCCGUAAUGCUGCAUUGUUCAUGUAAUGAAACAGAACAACGCUCAUAGCUUGGAGUUGAAUAUCAAUAAUUAUUGCCAGACGUUUUGCUCGUAAUUAUUGCUGGAAACGAAGAACAUGUCACAUUUGGGGAUGCUAGUAAAAGUUCAAGCUCAGAUUCUUGAUAACUCUUUGGAAGAUACUCAUUAAUGAAAUUGCAAAUCGAUAUCCUCUCAGCCCGCCUUUCCAAAAUGUAUAGUCCAUUGAUUGAAUUGUAUUGUACUAAACCGAUGAUUUGGGCUCGGGUUUUCCCAAGAGGGUUUCAGUCUCAUGUUUACCAGAGUGACUUCUUCUCAUGGUUGUCUCGACUGCUGAAUGAUCUGCAUCAGAGUGCUGUGCUUCUGAUAAUGCUCAUGUUGUAUAUUGCAGGUUAAGGUAGUAUAAAUAUAUUAUGUACUAUGUAAUAUUAUUAGCCUUUUCUUAAUUUUUUCCACCGAGGAAGCCUUUGAUAAAUUUCUUGUAAGGUCUGACAUAACAAUAACAUGCUGUCUUCUUGAACACUUGUAUAAUAUUCAGCAUUUUCACUUUGAUGGGCACAUUUUUAACUUGCCUAAUCCCAUUUUGGCCUUGUUGUCUUCAUCUUAUUUUUUGAACUUAUUACUUAUUCUUAAUGAAAGCAGAUUAGACUAGAUGUUGAGAUUUUAUGACUCGAACCGAGUCUAAGAUCGGGUUUUAAGAUGAAAUCAAGAAAUGGGUCGAAGUGCGCGGGGUGCGGAGUACUACGCGGGGCGCAAAGUAGCUACUGGAUUGGAAGACGCCUAGGUCGCGGGCCUUACAUUUGGUCGCGUGUCGCGAGUUUCUGAAGGAAAAGCUACUAGUUUGGAAAACAGUUAGGUCAGGGCCGCGACCUAGUACGCGAGCUGCGACUUGUGUAAUUUUUUGUGGGUUUUCAGUUUUCGCACGUUCUUUUGACGUUACUUAGUUUUUGGGCUGAUUUCUUUGUAUUUCUUAACCUAAUUUCUUUUUAUUAAGUGACAUACAAUAUAAACCCCUCUUGUAAUUAGAAUUAGGGCACGAUGCAUUCAACACAAAGUGAGGAAAACUAAGAGAGAAAAAGCUUAGAGAGCCAUUGUUGUGGUUUCUCGUUCAUCUUUUAAUCUCCCUGUUUAUAUUGAAAAGUUUAUUCUCGGUAUCGGUGGAUGUAGU